AAGAAGAUGACAGAGAUAACACAUGAGCAAAUCUCACGCAUGUUUUUGCUCCAGAUUCCGCCAUGGAUGUCGCUUCUGCUCGGAGCAUCUCUUCACAUCCUUCAUAUUAUGGAAAACCGAUUUGUUCAUCGCAAUCAUCGUUGAUUCGGAUUUCGAGGGAUAAAGUGUGUUGUUUUGGUCGUAUUUCUAAUGGCACAGCGAGCUUUAGUACUUCCCUUCAUGCUGUCCCGAGUGGAAAAUUUAUGGGCGAAACAAGAAGUACUGGCGUUCAAUGGUGUAGCCGCUCUUUAAGAUGGGAUCCUUACAGAUUUCAUGAUAAGAAAUCACUCGGAUUAAGUGAAUUGGCAAGAAAUAUCACUGUGAGAUCAGAUCUUUCAGGAGUUGCAACCCCUGAAUCUUCUUAUCCGGAACCAGAGAUUAAGUUGAGCUCAAGACUCAGAGGGAUAUGCUUUUGUGUUGUUGCUGCCAUUUCUGCCACUUUUCUCAUUGUCCUGAUGAUUGUUGGGCAUCCGUUCGUCCUUCUCUUCGAUCCCUAUAGGAGAAAAUUCCAUCACUUUAUUGCUAAACUUUGGGCUUCCAUAAGCAUUUAUCCGUUUUACAAAAUCAACAUCGAGGGUUUGGAGAAUCUGCCGUCAUCAGACACUCCUGCUGUAUAUGUUUCAAACCACCAAAGUUUUUUAGAUAUCUACACACUUCUCAGUCUUGGAAAAAGCUUUAAGUUCAUCAGCAAGACAGGAAUAUUCGUAAUUCCCAUUAUCGGUUGGGCCAUGUACAUGAUGGGUGUCGUUCCCUUAAGGCGGAUGGACCAAAGAAGCCACGUGGAUUGCUUAAAACGCUGCAUGGAACUCUUAAAGAAGGGAGCAUCUGUGUUUUUUUUCCCAGAAGGAACACGGAGCAAGGAUGGUCGGUUAGGUCCUUUCAAGAAAGGCGCAUUUACGGUGGCUGCUAAGACGGGAGUUGCAGUAGUUCCAAUAACGCUAAUGGGAACAGGCAAAAUCAUGCCAACAGGUAGUGAAGGUAUACUGAACCAUGGGAAUGUGAGAGUGAUCAUCCAUAAGCCAAUACACGGAAGCAAAGCGGAUGAUCUUUGCAACGAAGCGAGAAGCAAGAUUGCGGAAUCCAUGGAUCUCUUAAGCUGAUCUCGGACGUUGUUGUUUUUGCAGCGUCUCUGAUGAACAAUGAGAAGCUAUAAUUUUUACAUGUGGGAGACUUAAAUAUGUUGAGAAUUUUUUUAGUCAAUUCUGAUGCUCCAUUAAUGACAUUUAAAAGAAAAAAUCAGUUUUUGGUUUAAUAUUAAAUUUUGUCAGAUUUUUGUA